CGGAGCUUCGGGUCCGGUGGGGGGAAAGAAAGAGGGGUUGCAACGAGGGCGUCCCUAUUUCCUCCUUCCCCCCCUCAUGGGGCGGCCUGGAUAAAGAAGGGGGCUUUUGACCCACCUCUGCGGCCGAGCCUUGCUUUGGUGGAGGGAGGGAAGGGAAGCGCCUUUGUUUUUCCUACCCAGGAGAAGAUCAGGAUCUCUCCAGAGAAGGAAGUUACUGAAAGGAGCCUUCCUUGGGCGCGAGACAGAGCCUGCAGUCCAGGUGGAGCAUGCAGGAGGGUGACGGAGGCAACACCUCUCUAGGAGGUGGACCCAGGAUGCUGCCAGGACAUCCCAGCUCGUCUGUUUCACACAAUGGAAACAAAGCAGCUUCUGGGCAACUGGACCAGGUGACCUUUGAAGAGGUGGCUGUGUCUUUCACGGAGGAAGAAUGGGCUCUGCUGGAUCCAGACCAAAGGGCCUUGUACAAGGAAGUCAUGGAGGAGGUCUACGGGCUGGUAGCCAGUCUCGGCGCACUCAGCAGCAGCAACUACCACGCUGCAGAGAAGCCGUACAAAUGCCUGGAGUGUGGGAAGAGCUUUACCGAGAAGGGAAACCUCACCGUCCAUCAGAGGAAGCACACCGGAGAGAAGCCGUACAAAUGCCUGGAGUGUGGGAAGAGCUUUACCGAGAAGGGAAACCUCACCGUCCAUCAGAGGAAGCACACCGGAGAGAAGCCGUACAAAUGCCUGGAGUGUGGGAAGAGCUUUACCGAGAAGGGAAACCUCACCGUCCAUCAGAGGAAGCACACCGGAGAGAAGCCGUACAAAUGCCUGGAGUGUGGGAAGAGCUUUACCGAGAAGGGAAACCUCACCGUCCAUCAGAGGAAGCACACCGGAGAGAAGCCGUACAAAUGCCUGGAGUGUGGGAAGAGCUUUACCGAGAAGGGAAACCUCACCGUCCAUCAGAGGAAGCACACCGGAGAGAAGCCGUACAAAUGCCUGGAGUGUGGGAAGAGCUUUACCGAGAAGGGAAACCUCACCGUCCAUCAGAGGAAGCACACCGGAGAGAAGCCGUACAAAUGCCUGGAGUGCGGCAAGAGCUUCAGCCAGAGGCAGAACCUCACCAGCCACCAGAGGAUCCACACGGGGGAGAAACCUUACAAAUGCCCCACGUGCGAGAAAAGCUUCCGUCACCGAUCGCACCUCAACAGACAUCAGAUCAUUCACGCAGGAGAGAAGCCGGCGGCGGCGGCAGCAAAACCGUCGUACCUGUUUUAUGUCGUUCUCCCGUUCGCUUGGUUAGGAGAUCUUCAUUAUCCGUUGUCCCAAAGACCAACUCAAAAGAUGGAAGACAUAGAUUCGGCGGGCACCGGAGCAGCUAAAGACCCUGAUCCCGUAAAAAUUGACAGCAGUGGCGAAUUCUGGGAGACAAAAAUGCAGAAACGUCUGAGUGAGAACGCGCCCACCUCUGCGGUACUGGGCCAGCGCUUCAGCGAGUUCCGUUACAAAGAGGUUGAGGGACCCCGAAGGAUUUGUAGCCAACUCCACCGUCUGUGCCGUCAGUGGCUGAAGCCGGAGCAACACACCAAGACCCAGAUUCUGGACCUGGUGAUCCUGGAGCAGUUCCUGACCAUCCUUCCCCCAGAGAUGGAGAGCUGGGUGAGGGAAUGCGGGCCAGAGACCAGUUCCCAGGCGGUGGCCCUGGCCGAAGGCUUCCUCCUGAGCCAGGCGGAACAAAAGAAGCAGGAGGAACAGCAGCAGGACCUCUUUUCAGAAGUGGCGGCUUGUAUUCCAAAGGCGCGGAGGACUUCACAGGGAGCGAGAGAGCCGUUCCUGCCUAAAUGGAUCAAGCAGGAAGAGCAGGAAGGUGUCAAUUCCCCGGGAGACGGACCGAUGACGUGGCCAGAAUGUCGCAGUUCUUGUGGUGGGCUGGGAUCCGCAGCUGAGCAGCUGGGUGAGGUCACCUUUGAGGAGGUGGCUGUCUAUUUCAUCAAUGAAGACUGGAGCCUCCAAGAUCUGAACCCGAGGGCCCUGCACGGAGAUGUCAUGGAGGAGAAGUUUGGGAUCGUGGCUCCUCUAGGUGAUGAAAUGACAUCAGGGGUCCGUUCUUGGUCACCCGCCCUUCGAGACAGAACGGAGGGCUCCUCUAUGGACCUGAACGAGGGUGUAGUGACCUUUGAGGACGUAGCUGUAUAUUUCAAUGAGGAGGAACUGGCGUUAUUGGGUCCCGAUGAAAGGUCCCUCCACAGAGCCAUCAUGGAGGAGAAUUUUUGGAAUGUGGCCUCUGUGGUCAAUGAAGUCCCACGGACCACAAGGACAAGGGAGAGCACUCGGGGGUCACGUGGGGCACCGUCGCCACGCGGAGGCAGCAAAGAGGGUGAAGGGCCAAGAAGGAAGGCGAAAGGGAGGCAGCGGGGGAGGAAGAAAUCCCUGGCCUGUCAGGGCAGCGACUUCCAGGUGAUCCGGAUCAAGGACAAGAUGGAGAAAGGCAAAGAGAGGCACAAGUGCCCAGUGUGUGAGAAGAGCUUCAGCUCGAAGUCGACCUUAAACCUUCACUGGAAAAUCCACACGGGGGAGAAGCUCUUCCAGUGCUUGGAAUGCGGGAAGAGUUUCAGCUGCAACUCGAGUCUGAAGACCCACCAGCGGAUGCACACAGGGGAGAAGCCGUUUAAGUGCGGGCUGUGUGGGAAGACAUUCACUCAGCGCAUCAACCUCAGCUGCCACGUGAGGAUCCACACGGGGGAGAGGCCCUACCCGUGUUUCGACUGUGGGAAGCGGUUCAAGAAGAAGGGGGACCUGAGUCGGCACCAGAGGAUCCACACCGGGGAGAAGCCGUACACCUGCUUGGAGUGCGGCAUGAAUUUUUGUUACAAGGAGAGCCUGAAGACCCAUCAGCGAGUCCACACAGGGGAGCAGCCGUUCAAAUGCCUGGAGUGCGGGAAGAACUAUUCGAGCAAUACGAACCUGGCCAAGCACCAGCUGGUCCACACGGGAGCCGAGGAACCCUAUAAAUGCCUGCAGUGCGGAAAAAGCUUCUGGACCAACGCGGAUCUUGUCCGGCACCAGCGGAUCCACGUUGCGAGGAAUCACACGUGGGGCGUGGCGCUUCAGGCGGAGCACCGGCCGAGAUUCGCCUCGGGCCAUCCGCACCGGGGAGAAACCAGGCAAAUGCUCGGGGUGUGGAAAGAUCUCCAGUCGGGACAAAGCCUCACCUUCCACCAAAGAGUCCGCACUGGAGAAUUCUAGAAACGUUUGGAGGACAGAAUCAUUCCAGCGUGAGCCGUAUCUGCGGGUGAAACCUCGUAAAAUAACUCUGCUUGUUGUUUUGAGACUAGCAGGCUUAUUCUCCGCUUGAAGAGUCAGAAUCACGAGUUUGGGGAUGUGACUGAGACAUUCCAGUUCCAGGGACUGCAAACGUGACGCUAACUGAACCGAAGGAAUUAUCUUUUUUUUAUAUACGCUAAGCAGUCCUAGCAUUUUAUUACUUUCCCAUUAGCUUUAACUAACUCUCCACUGGUUUGGAUAAAUGAUGUAUUAUGACGAAACCUUUGGCUUCUCAAUGUAUGUCUUUCCCCCAUAUGUGCUUUUCAGUUUUUAACCUUCACACGCCACCAUCGUGCCCUGAAGAGCUUGGUUUCACCGCUGAAUCCAUACAGAAUAGGACUGCAAGGUGUGCAUUUUACAAUGGCGUUUACAACAGUUCAGGUAAGAAUGUUUCCAAAGUUCAGCCGCAUGACGUAUAUCGCUUUUUCCCAUAUGCAGACGCAGAGAGAGAGAGAGAGAGCACAUCCUGGCACAGAAGAGGUCACACCAAAUGAUUUAUUAUUGCCAACCAGGAGUUCUUAUGUUCCGGCCGAUGUUCCUUUUUUAAAAAAAGUCCUGUGGUGUUAUUUCUGGUGGAAAUACGAUGCAGAGGAAUUUGACGUGAGGAAGAGUAACAACUUCGCCACCCCAAGCAGAGAGAAAGGCACUGAGAACUUGACACCCUACAGUCUACAUGAAUCAUCUGUGGUUUGCUAAGAUGGCAGCUAAGUGGAAAAAGUGGAUUUGAAUGAACCUGAUUGUUCAAGAAACGAGAGGCCCAGAAGUUUAAGGAGGAGAGUGAAUUUUUCAUUCAUCUGAUCCUACCAAAGGAGGACCAAAUGAAGGAAGGAAGGAAGGGCCUGGUGGAGAUAUGUGUGGAAAAUUCACAGUGGAGCUCUGAGGAGAUAUUUGUGAAUGACCAGGAGCUCACAGAAAGCUUCCUUGACCACAUCAUCCCUGAAACAAACAAGCAAAGAGGGUGUGGCAUGAAAGAAAGUCUACUCAUGGCAGAAGGGUGGAAGCUUCUUGACCUCGCCAAGCUGAAGAAGCUCAAAAACAAGGAAGUGAACGAUACCUAACGUGGUGGGUAGACCAAUCAGCCUUUGGGUACCGUUUUCGUUGAACAGUUCUUGAAAGUGGUAACACACGAGGGACAGACCCUAAACCAGUAAAUCUCAGUUGCAACUGGACGUGCUAAGUAAACGAGGAAAAUAUGUCAGGAGAGCGCUAUGGUGUUUGAUAAGAGAGUGUGCCCUCCCACUUGAGACAUUUAGUCAGCCUGGAUAUGACACCGUGCAAAGUCCGGCUUGGGGACUGUGUGAGGGGAUGACGCUGGUUGAACAAAAUUUCCACACUGUAUGAAAUGUGGGAAAGCACAGAACGGGCAGCAGGUUUACUAACCAAAGACUUCAAUGUGUGUCUAUAAACCCUACGUACAUCCUCUAGAAACGCAGCCAUGUCAACAGAAAGAACCUCUUAUCAUCAACCUUGGGUUUUGAUGGCAAUGAAACACAGAUGUCUUAUGAGAGAGAGAGAGAGACACUCGUAACUUCUGUGACAUCUGCUGACAUGUUAACCCAUGGAUGCUCUCACAAACCUGAAGAUCGUUAUGCAAAAUCAUUACAAGGAACGAUGGCGAUUCUUCCCCACCUUGGUGGAAACUCUUGCUGGAAGUUGCGAAACAGGAUUUCUGAAGGACUUUUCCUGUAGGGGAGCUGAGGAGUGGGGUGGGCUACCUCACAAGCUGGCAGGUUCUCCUUUGGUGUAGUGGCUUUCAAGCAGAGAUUUGGGUGGUCCCUUUUCUUCAAUGGUGGAUGCCCUGUCGUGGCUGGUAGUUGGUCCCUAGAUGACCCUUGGCAUCCUCUCCAGCUCUAUAGUUCUUUGAUUCUGUGGAAGCCAACUCAGGGGUGUUAGUUUUCCGUCUAGUGGACAUGGAAGCCAUUGCUGCCCACCUUUUAUGGAUUCAAAGCCAUCGUGAAAUGAGAAACCCGACACAUUCGGUUGGAGGAGGGGCUGCUUCCUGAUAGAUCUUGGGAACAAACAGAUCCGUUCGGAGAUACAUCGGAUGCUCUCUACGAUAUCGCCAGAUCGGAAUCAGGCCGUCCAGAUUUGGUUGAUGCGCUCCACCUUUGGCCUACAUGUGAGUAAGCAUCUGUACCAAGAGGAGGCGGUGGCUUUCCCAUCAGAGCAAGAAGAGAAGGAAAACCAGCAAGCACCGCAUCACGCCCAGGAAUAAUUUGAGAAUUAUUGCGGCAUCGAAGGGAUAAAAUGUUCUAGGUGUCUCCGGUAUGACAGGGUUGGCUCUUCGCUGGAGGACAUUUCUCAGACAGAGACAGUUACUGGUUAUAGGAAAGGGGUUCCAUGGAAUCUCCACUCCGGUGUUAUUCAACCUCGGGCACUAGAAACGAACUUAGAGGGAGCGGCUUCGUCUGGCUUCGACCUGUGUGGUCACAGCUUUCAGGGCCACAGGGCUCCGUGAGAGAUUCCUGCUCGCGUGUAGCCUCUACACACGGGCAGAAGCCAUGGAAAUCCCGCUUGCUCGUAGAACCUACACUGCCAUCGGAGCUGUGCUCUUCAAAGUCGGCUCUCUCACCGUGAAGAAUGUGACACUGAGAGGGCCCACAACUGGACGGACGCAGAGCACCCCUUCUAAGUGUGUUCACCAUUCAGUAACACUUCCAUUGGGAUGAGGGCUUUGCUUAAAGAAAUAAUCCCUCUUUGAACUUUGUUUCCUAGUUCCUUGGGUUCAAAACAAGUCUUUCAUAGUUUCAGAUCAGAAAACAGCACUUUUUGCUGGAGUUUUAAGAGGAAUCAAUUGUGUUGAUUACAAGGGGAAUGGGAAAAAAAACCAGUUGGCAUAAUUUUGCACCGGCAGAACAUGGAUCAGCACCGGAUGCGUUCAAUUUAAAGUAAUUAAAAGCUUCCUGUCCUGCCUCUUCCUUUUCAGUUCUGAGGCUCCCUAGUGCUCCCUUUUGCUUUGGGAGCCUCAGGAGGCGGUGGGGGUGGGGGAGCCUUUAAUCAUGGCCAGACCUCCUGCCGGCGGUCCUGAUCCUAUUGGUGGCAAUCCAGUGGCAAAACAACGUUUCUGUCUCAUGAAUGAGUAUUUUCGGGCUCCGGAUGUCCGGCGUUGUGCACCGUUAACUUGGUGCUGCACAUACAGAAUGGAGUGGGUUAUUGGCUGGAUAGUUCAGUGGUUUAGUUAGUUGACUACAGAGCCAGAGGCUGGGAGUUCGA